GUCUCUCUCCGAUCACUUGCUCUAAAACCCAUCUACUAUUCUCUCAUCUUCGUCUCGAUGGCAACCAAGAGGAGUGUGAGUACUUUGAAGGAGGCUGAUUUGAAGGGCAAGAGGGUUUUCGUUAGGGUUGAUCUGAAUGUUCCUCUUGAUGAAAGCUGUAAGAUCACCGAUGACACUAGAAUCCGAGCAGCUGUGCCCACCAUCAAGUACUUGCAGGGAAAUGGUGCCAAAGUCAUCUUAGCUUCCCACUUGGGACGUCCAAAGGGUGUCACUCCCAAGUACAGUUUGAAGCCUCUUGUGCCAAGACUUUCUGAGCUCCUUGGAGUCGAGGUUAAAAUCGCUAAUGAUUGUGUCGGUGAGGAAGUUGAAAAGUUGGUUGCUGGGCUUCCGGAGGGUGGAGUUUUGCUCCUUGAGAAUGUCAGGUUCUACAAGGAGGAAGAGAAGAAUGAUCCUGAGUUCGCGAAGAAGCUUGCUUCACUUGCAGAUGUGUAUGUGAAUGAUGCUUUUGGCACUGCUCACAGAGCUCAUGCAUCCACAGAAGGAGUGGCCAAGUACUUGAAGCCUUCUGUUGCUGGGUACCUUAUGCAGAAGGAACUUGAUUAUCUUGUUGGUGCUGUGUCAAAUCCCAAGAGGCCAUUUGCUGCUAUUGUUGGUGGCUCGAAGGUGUCAUCCAAGAUUGGAGUCAUAGAGUCCUUAUUGGAGAAGGUUAACAUUCUAGUGUUGGGUGGAGGAAUGAUCUUUACCUUUUACAAGGCACAAGGGCUUUCCGUUGGAUCUUCCCUUGUUGAGGAAGACAAGCUAGAUCUUGCAAAAUCACUUAUGGAGAAGGCAAAGGCCAAGGGAGUCUCUAUUCUGCUCCCAACUGAUGUGGUUAUUGCUGAUAAGUUUGCUGCUGAUGCCAACAGCAAGGUGGUGCCAGCAUCUGCCAUUCCAGAUGGUUGGAUGGGAUUGGAUAUCGGACCAGAUUCCAUCAAGACUUUCAGUGAAGCUCUUGAUACCACUCAGACUGUUAUCUGGAAUGGACCCAUGGGUGUGUUUGAGUUUGAAAAGUUUGCUGCUGGUACCGAGGCGAUUGCUAAGAAGCUUGCAGAGCUAAGUGGAAAGGGAGUUACAACUAUCAUUGGAGGUGGUGACUCAGUUGCUGCUGUGGAGAAGGCUGGCCUUGCUGACAAAAUGAGCCACAUUUCAACCGGAGGUGGUGCAAGCUUGGAGCUUCUUGAAGGGAAAACCCUCCCUGGAGUCCUUGCUCUUGAUGAAGCCUAAGCUGAAAUUUUCUAGUUGUUCAUUUUGUGACUGAUAGAUGGUUGGUUUUUGUCAGCCAGAAUGGAUCAAGUAUAACAGAGCUGAACUUGUAGAGGCUUUAGCUUUAUAGGGUAGAUUUGAAUAAGUGCCGUCUGGUGUUACCAUUUUGCAAUGCUUGGAGUUGAAUUGGAUCUUUUUUGUUUGGGAACACUGUAAUAUCCAAAGUGCACUUAGCAUGCAUGGUUUGGUAUAAAAUGUGAUGUUUCUGGAGUACGACAAUGAAGUUGAGUUGAGUGGAUAUUUAUUGUGUGAAGAGCCUGACCCAAAUUUUGUUACCAAAGGGAAUUUAUAUGAAUGAAAAAGCAGGAGAACAGAGAACUCUUUGGUUU